AUGACCGAAAAAAUCAGAAAUGUGACAGCUGAUACUGUGCCAGAUAGCCAUUUCACGAUGCUACAUAUGGAUACCUUGCUAUGCCCCAAAAUCGAGCUAUCUAUAAUGCCACUUCAAACACAUGAGCAGAAACCCAAAUCUAUAUCUCGAUCAACAAUAUUGCAUAAAUCAUCUACGGCCCUAUCUACUCAUCGUGAUCAAGAUAGCUCAGCCACGCUUAUGCCAAAUUCAAAAGUACUUCCAGAUACAUCGGGCUCAAUACGUUCCUUUCUAUCAGCGAGUCAAACUACAACGUCACAAAGUCCCAGACUACUUGUCAAAGGCACUGAUAUAAGUAGACGUAGUUCCAAGAUUAAAAAAAUUGCCUCGAACUCGCAUGAAAAGUUGCCAGAGCCACCUCGACAAUAUGAACUACAGGGGGACAAUCAGCAUAACGCAUCUCAAAAGUCUACAUGUUUGAAUACUCCAAAUACGGCACUUUGUAUUCCCACUGUAGAAAUCAGUCCUCCAUCUCAGUCCAUUCAAAAAGCAGUUUUAUCAACUAAUGAGCUGCGAUCAGAGGAAAUAAAGGCCGAAACGCGACACUCCACAAAUCAGUCUGUUCACUCCAAUUCGACAUCCAAUCUGGACUCGGCACAUGUUUCCAAAAAUGGAUCAAUACCUGUAAGACGUAAACACAGUAAAUUUCUUACUCCCCAAGAAGGCAUUUCAACUCUUCAAUUGAAUGAGUUUGAAAAGCACAGAGUAUUUCCAUCUACAUCAAAAGAGUUGACCUUACAAUGUCCUUCAUAUCCCAUGCUGGUAGAUCAUUCAGCCCAUACAGCCAAUUCAUUUGAGACAAAUACUUGUAUUUCGUCACAAGACACGAAACUGGCAGCUUGGGCAUGUACAGAGUCAGUCGUAACACGAAAUAAUGAGGCUCGUUCCGACAUGAUUGGCGAGUCAACUAUGGUAUUAGAUGGCAAAAUGAGUCCUCAACUGCGUCAAUUAAAACUGAUGAGUAUUGGACAUUCACAAUUGCACGAUAUCAGCGACCAAGUUGCUAACAAGUCAUCCAUAUUACACCUGCCAUCACCAUUACCCAGUCGGCACUUGCAUAUCACUCGAUCCAACCAUCAAAUAGAAUUGAAUAGCACAAAAAGGUCCGAGAUUUUACUAAGCAAUGAAUUUGUCGAUACUACAACCAAUACACAAACUUUCAAACCACAUCCAAACUUGAAUAGUAAAUCUCAUGUACGACCACUCGUUGCAUUACGAUCGCGAAUUUCUGAACCAUGUUCAGAAGAUGGAAAAAUACUGCUCAUUCCAAUUGACGAGUCCUCCAAGUCGAUUCAAAAAGCCUCCAAAAAAACCACAUCACUAGCUAUGCCAUCAAUUGGAAAACAGCAAAAUACAUCAAUAGAAACCCCUUUGAAAAGCAGUUUUUUAUCAACACGACCCAUUUCCAAACCUUUAUCCGGACUAUCCAGUCAAGCUGAUAUAAACAAAUCUGACGAUUCAAUCAAAUCAGAAAUGAUUUCAUUGACUGCAUACUCAACUCAGGCUAAGCAGUUCAAGCCAACUAAAUCUUUGGUAGGAAAUGAUAUCAAAUUGGACAAGGCAGUCAUGAAGGCUUUCAAUACAUCCGAUAUCAUCCAUCUUAAUGCUCGCAUGCAGAUAUACUCGAAAAAACACAAUGCAAUGCAACUCCCUGACAAUACUCAUAUGGAUCGCACCAUCAACUUCAAUUCUGCACUCAAUAUAUCUGCGUGUAACUCCAAAAUGGGAACAGUUGCUGAUCUUAAAAGCGUAGACAAUAUAUUUGACAAGAGCACAUUGGAAGAAGGGAAACGAGUAAUAAUCGCUCAUGGACAGUGGAAAAAAGCAUAUCGGUUUAUGGCUACUAUAAGAAGAUUUUUGGUCAUGUACAAAAGAGUAUGUAAAAUAUUUGAGCUUUCUCCCACCAGAGUUGAUAUUUUAGAUUUAAAAGGCAGCGAUUCAAUUAACGAAGAAGAUCUUGAAUUAUCAGAAAAGGUUAAAUCGCUGUUGCAGUCACGGUCAGAAGUACAAGGCGAUGUAAUCAUCAAUGGGCUCGAGGCAAUAUUAAGUUCAAAUAUCCCAUCAUUUAAGCGGCUCCCCUGGAAUCAAAGACUAAAAUGUUGCCAAAUUUUAGAGGGAAAAGUUAUUAUUAUGGAAGGCCAUCGUGCCAAUGCAUUUUAUUUUAUUCUUUCUGGAAAAGUUGAAAUCUUCAAAGGCUGGACCGAAAGUUGGUUUCGUAUCAAUUUUAUCAAAAAAGGCGGUAGUUUUGGAGAUCGUACUCUUACAGUAAUAGACGAUAGACGAACAGCAUCCGUAUCGACCGUUGAGACCACCGAGUUUCUUUGUGUAGAUAAACAAACAGGAUCAGCUAAACUGCAUACAUUACGUACUCGGCAAAUAACACAACUUCCAGAUUUUACUACUGCACCACAAGAGUUUAUUGAAAAAGUAUUGGCAUGUGCACAAUUCAUUACCUUUGAUGCGCAACAAGUCAUUAUUAAUGAAGAUGCACCGAAUUUUCAUAUUUUUUGGAUUCUUUCUGGAAGUUGUCGAUGCAUUCGCACAGUUCCUUUUAUCGUGCGACCAACCGCUUCUGGAGAUGGACAUCAGUAUGCUGCCUACGCGCCUAAUACCCCAACAGACCCCACCGAUACAGUAGUCUAUGAGCCUCUGUCAAUAUGCGAGCUAACUAUUGGUGAACAUUUUCCAAGUGUUGUCAAGCCUGCAAUGCUUAAAAUUACGCAAUCUCAAUUUGGCGCACCCAUGACUUUUGAUCGUAACGAAUGCAUCCGAUUAUGGCAACAUGAACCACCUUAUCUGAGUCCAGUGACUGUCGUAGCCAACAUGCGGGUUGAGGUAAUGAUGCUAUCAAAGGUUGAAAUGACCGAGAUUUCCCCUAUGGAUACCUUGUUGGAAUUGUUUGAACGGCGUGGAGCUUUGGAUGCAUCGAUUUAUUUGCUACAGAAUGCAUUCUUACAAAACCUACAGUGGGAAUCAUAUAAAAAGAAAAUAAGGGAAGAAGUGUUUGGAAAACGCAAGGCCAAAAAAUAA